AUGUCCUCCCAAUCCCACCACGGUCAUUCCGCGACGACUCGCUCGUUCCCCGCCUACAACCCUGUCGCCGCAGUGACAGCACCCGCGGGGACCUUGCUUCCGGGCACAAAGAUCCAGGUCGGCAGCCAUCGCGUGGUGAUUGAAAAGUACCUCUCCGAAGGUGGCUUCGCUCACGUAUACGUGGUGCGAUUGCCCCAACCUGUCAAUGGUACCGACUCGGCAGUCCUGAAGCGGGUGGCUGUCCCCGACAAAGCGGCCUUGGCCAACAUGCGCACGGAGGUGGAAACCAUGAAGAAACUCAAGGGUCACCGCCACAUUGUGAAAUAUAUUGAUUCGCAUGCCUCGCAGUUACGUGGAGGCGGCUACGAGGUGUUCUUGGUCAUGGAGUACUGCGCCGGCGGUGGUCUUAUCGACUUCAUGAACACUCGGCUUCAGCACCGCUUGACAGAACCUGAGAUCGUGAAGAUCUUCUCCGAUGUCGCAGAGGGAGUUGCUUGUAUGCAUUACCUCAAACCGCCUCUGCUCCACCGCGAUCUGAAGGUCGAGAACGUCUUGAUCUCCGGCAAGGGAAGCUCGGCGACCUACAAACUUUGUGAUUUUGGAUCGUCGGCACCCCCUCGUCCGGCUGCUACUUCUGCAGCUGAGGGCCGACUGAUUGAAGAUGAUGUGCAGCGCCAUACAACGCUGCAGUACCGCAGCCCAGAGAUGAUUGAUGUUUACCGGAAGCAACCCAUUGAUGAAAAGAGUGAUAUCUGGGCGCUCGGUGUCUUCUUGUACAAACUAUGCUACUAUACAACUCCUUUUGAAGAAGUCGGUCAGAUGGCUAUUCUAAACGCGACUUUCAAAUACCCCUCUUACCCCUCAUUCUCGAGUCGGUUGAAGCUGUUGAUCGGCUCAAUGCUGAAAGAAGACCCGCGCAAGCGACCUAAUAUAUAUGAAGUCGUGCGCGAGGUGUGCAAAAUGCAAGGAAAGGACGUUCCCAUCAAAGACAUAUACUCCGAUCGCUCUGUUUCAGAAGCGCGCAAGUAUCAAGAGCUACCUCCUACUCCCACGGAAGCUCCGGCCCCCGGCGCAAAGUUUUCACCUCCGGUGCAGGAAACUGAGAUUAUCCCGGAGAUUGCGCCUAUGCGCCGUGGUCGACCAGGGAGGCCCCAUUCAUCCCAACCCAGCUCCUCGCGGCCAAGCCCCUCGCCGUACAGAGAUAAUGCUCCUAGUUCAUCACAUGACCCGUUUGCAGCUUUGGACGGCGAUGCAGCUCGAAGGAAUGCAGAGGAGGCAGCAAAACGAUUCCCAUCCCUGGAUCAAUUUGAUAUCUUGCACGAAAAAGGCGACAAGUUCGAAUUUGAACCCACCGUGGAACCCAAGUCCGAAGAUGAGGAUCUUUCAAAGAGACUCACCAAUGCCUUGGCUGAUGAUGCUUUUGCCCGACGUGUUUCGCCUGAACGUGCGCCAAACCCUGCUUAUAAGCGACCUUCACAGGCUUCUCCUGUGCGAGCAACCGUCGCACGCGAGGCCCCUCGAGAGGCUACGCCCUUGUACCAACCUGCUCCACAGCGGCCCACAAUGGUGUCGACAGGUACCAUGACGUCGCCUGCUCAGACCCCGCGUCUGCCAGAGGCGAAGAUCUCGAGCCGCCCGAUCUAUAGGUUCCCAGCUUCCGAUCAUGAACAACGAUCCUCCAGCCAGCCCUGGACAGCAGAGGAGGAACAAAGAGCAACCAGACCGCACAAAGCGUCUUCGCCUCCAAUGUCGAGCUUGAAGCCAGAGGGAAGUCCACGGGUGUCAUCUGACCGCCUAUCCAUUCACUCAAGCUCUGCCCGCCCCUCAAUGGAAACCUUGAGACGGCCGUCGACAUUAGAGGUUACUGAGUCUGCGGGACGUUCCAGAUCAGCCGUUGGAAAAGGAAGACCCUUGUCAGUACAAUCGGGAGCAAGAUACGACCUUCCGCGCGAUACUGAAAGCUCCCGGUCUUCCUUGGACAUGUCGCGCAUGCAGUAUGAGGGAGGUGCGCCCCUGCGAUCCGUCCGCACAGAGGUGGAUCGUGAGUCCGACCGAGCCAAGAUAGCUUCUGACGUCGAAUAUUUACGUGCCAUGGAAGAAGAGGAGAGCAACCGCAAGCGCGAGAAACGUUCCAGCGGCAGCUAUAAACAUGGCAAGCGUGGUAGCCUAUCUAACUUGUCCCUCUCAGGCGGUAAGAACCUUUUUGCUGGUCGGUUCGGAGACGCAUUCCGCCGCUUUGAGGCUGGUAACCAAGACAAACCUUCAUCGCCAUCGGCAGAGGAUGCGCCGCAGCAAGGCCUGAUCGGGGCGUCUGACUCGACCGAUGAAGGCUAUUCCCAGAAUGACGAGAGUGCGCUCGAAGACGCGGACCGCGACGACAUUUCGCCAGAGAUGCGCCGCGAGCUGGAGCGUCGCCGACUCUCCCAGGAGGAGAAAAGAGUUGCGAGUGCCGCCGCUGAGUAUCGCCGGCGGGUUGCUGAAAAGGGUGAUGGUGGCAGGGCGGUGGGUGAAGGACCUCGUUCUCGCACGAUCCAGAGCAAAGUGCAGUCGUUGCUUGGGGAAUCUGACAAACCAGUCGUUCCUAAGACUGCCACUGGGUAUGGUCGAUUCACGGAGACUUCCUCUCCUUUGCAGGCAAAGAAGAGCGAGGUCCAGCCCAACCUCUCCGGUCAACCUUCGAGUUCUCGCGCACCGGGACCCGUCUACAGCGCUCGUAACAGCUCACUGACACCCUCGACCCGCCGAGACGCCGCGAGUGCUCCUGCGGGAAUUCAGCAAUCCACACAACGCCCCGUCACUCGACCAGCUGCGCCGCCCAAGCCUAAAAAUCUGCAAGUUGGUGGCAGUGCUUCCCGACCAGGGACUGGCCAUGACAAUCGUCCUUCCUCCCAAGCGACUCCCCAGAGUCCCGGAGAAGACUGGGAGGCCAACUUCAGCAAGAGGUUCCCAAGCCUAUCUGGGAUCGAGAUGGAAACAGAGAUUGAGAUCCCGAAGUUUCCUAGCUUGAGGACCCGGGAAGUGUAG